CGAGGCGCAGGAAGUGGUCAGCCACGGUCACCCUCCAUCUUCGAUACCGCCUUUGCGACAAUUUGCUUGACUGAAAAACGGACAGAAAAGUUCGGAAUACACUGCUAUUGGAGGUGCAUGAACCAUGAGCGAGCUCAAUGUUAAAAAGCUCAAAGUGAAUGAGCUGAAAGAGGAGCUCCAGCGUCGAGGCCUGGACACCCGCGGGCUGAAGGCGGAUCUGGUGGACAGAUUGCAGGCGGCGCUGGAUGUCGAGUCGUCGGGCGCUGCUGCACCGGGUGAGGAAGAACAAGACUUGGAGGCUGGAGAUGCUAAUGAGUAUAAAGAUGAAGGUGGGGAACAAGAUUAUGGAGAAGAGGAUAAGGCAGAGUUUGAUGAUGGAAACAGCACAGACCUAUUCCAGGGUGAGUACGAUGAUCAGGGAAAGGAGAAUAAUGAAAGCAGUGAGGACAGCACAGAGGCCCCCAUGCCUGGUUUUGGAAAGAUUGAUGAUGCAGAAGAUGUGAUGCCGGAACAGAUGACAGAGCAGUGCCAAGAUGAACAUGAGUCUGAGGGCAAGCAGCCGCUCCAGGAUUUGAAGCAGGAAUAUGAGGAAACACCAUCACAUCCUCAGACAGCACAUAAGUUUGAAGAACCAGCAUCAUGCCAGAUACCAGAGGGAGACUCAAGUCAACGCUCGCAGGAGGAAGGACCUGAUGGUGAUGAAGUGAAGGCAGAGUAUAAGACAGAUGAGGAUGUUCCACAACAAGCUGAACAAGGCAACGAUUGGGGCACUAUGGAUGCACCGGUCAAAACAGAGGAUGAUCGAAACACUUCGCAAGAUCGCAAGAGGCCACAUGAUGACAGUCGUGGAUAUGGAUACUACGAGCAUCGUGACGACAGGAGGGGAAGAUCACCACAGCCCCCAGCAGAAGAGGAGGAAGACGAGAUUGACGAUAAGCUUGUGGUCAUUGACACCUACAACUGUGACCUGCACUUCAAGGUGGCUCGUGACCGGUACAGUGGCUAUCCUCUUACCAUUGAAGGCUUUGCCUUUCUGUGGGCAGGUGCUCGAGCCACCUAUGGUGUUAACAAGGGUCGAGUGUGCUUUGAAAUGAAGAUAAAUGAGGACAUUUCCGUAAAGCACCUUCCGACUUCUGAACCUGACCCUCAUGUGGUGAGAAUAGGAUGGUCCCUUGAUUCAUGCAGCACUCAGCUUGGUGAAGAAGCCUUCUCAUUUGGCUAUGGAGGGACUGGCAAGAAAUCCUCUAACUGUAAAUUUGAUGACUAUGGCGAAAAGUUUGGUGAAAAUGACAUCCUUGGCUGCUAUAUUGACUUUGAAAGCAGUGAUGAAGUGGAUAUAGCAUUCUCCAAGAAUGGCAAAUCGCUUGGCUCGUGUUACCGUGUCUCUAAAGAGGAUUUGGCUGGGCGUGCUCUUUUCCCACAUGUAUUGGUGAAAAACUGUGCUGUGGAGUUCAACUUUGGACAGAGGGAGGAGCCUUUCUUCCCCCCACCAGAAGGCUUCACCUUCCUUGAAAAUGUUCAGUUGGAGGAAAGAAUCAGAGGAACAGUGGGGCCUGCCACAAAAGCUGAAUGCGAGAUCCUGAUGAUGGUUGGUCUGCCUGGUAGUGGAAAAACCACCUGGGCCAUUAAACAUGCUGAAGAGAACCCUGAAAAGAAGUUUAACAUCCUAGGCACAAAUGCUAUCAUGGAAAAGAUGAAGGUCAUGGGACUCCGACGUCAGCGUAACUAUGCUGGACGCUGGGACGUACUUAUUCAACAGUCUACUCAGUGUCUCAACAGGCUCAUCCAGAUUGCUGCCCGCAAGAAGAGAAACUACAUCUUGGACCAGACAAAUGUAUAUGGAUCAGCCCAGAGACGAAAAAUGCGUCCUUUUGAAGGUUUUCAACGCAAGGCUAUUGUAAUUUGUCCCACGGAUGAGGAUUUAAAAGAGCGAACAUUAAAGCGAACUGAUGAGGAAGGGAAGGAUGUUCCCGAUCAUGCUGUGUUAGAAAUGAAAGCAAACUAUGUUCUGCCCGACGCUGGUGAGUUCUUGGAUGAAGUGAGGCUUGUUGAACUGCAGCGGGAAGAAGCCGAAACUCUUAUCAAGCAGUACAAUGAAGAAGGCCGUAAAGCUGGCCCUCCCCCGGAGAAGCGUUUUGAUAACCGUCAAGGUGGCUUCCGUGGCAGCCGUGGUAGCUUCCAGCGUCAUGACAAUCGUGGUGGCCCUCAGAGUGGUGGGAGAGGUGGCUAUCAGAAUCGGGGUGGCACUGGAGGUGGAGGUGGAGGCUACCGAGGAGGAUAUAACCGUGGAGGGUACCAACAGAAUCGCUGGGGAAAUAACUACAGAGAUGGAGGCUCUGGAAGCCGUGGUGGAGGCUACAACCGCAACCAGCAGUCUGGAGGAAGCUACAACCACAACCGUCAAGGCUCUUACAACAAGAGUAGCACUGUAGCCUCUCCAAGCUAUAACCAGUCACAGCCUCAGUCCUAUAAUCAAGGCUAUAACCAGAGUAACUACAACCAGGGUUACAACUAUGGCAGCUACAGUCAGUACCCAGGAUACAACCAAGGCUAUAGUCAAACUCCAGCAGCCACAGGACAAACCUACAACCAGCAGCAGCAGAGCUACAAUCAACAGUACCAGCAGUAUGCUCAGCAGUGGCAGCAGUACUACCAGAACCAGAGCCAGUGGAACCAGUACUACAACCAGUAUGGCAGUUACGGCAACUACAACCAGCAAGGCACCCAAGGUGGUCAGGGCACCCAGGGAACGCAGUAGUAGCAUUGCAGCCACUUGAGACGUCCCUCCCAUCUCAUUCCCUAAGCAGCAUUCCUCAUGCUCCUUUGCCUUUUUAUGUUCCCUCUCUUCUUUCCCCAUCUUGCCCUUUUUUGCCUGCUCUCUAUAGAAAUUAAUUCUCUCCCUAUUUAUGCCAAACUUAAAGGUAACCACAUUUAUGUAGACCUCCAUUGCUCUGUUUGAGUUUUGUUGGCAAGUAUCCCUGUUUUGAUUUUAUACUUAAUUUGUUUACAUGCUGCUUCAUUAUUAUUUUUUCUCCCUAUGUAUUUGUAGAUGAAAAGUUUGGCAUUUGAAAUUAGUAUGUGGUAUUGUCUGCCCCAAACAGCUCCCACACAAUGAUGUGCUUGACGGUUUCAAAAUCAAGCAGGAUAAUUUUGAGGAUGCUUUGCACGCUUGGAUUACAUCUGAUGUAUAGAGGGAGAGAGACGGGGUGUUUGUGUUCCAAUAGUUUCACCACUGAUUUUAUUUUUCUAUCUUUUAAGAUUAAAGAACCACAUUUUGCAGUGGACGGUUAUGGGUAUUGUUCUGAAUGAUCAUAGGCCUGUAUUUACUCAUUCAUUUAAGACCAUGUAACACUUUUGACUAGCUAGAUCAUAUUGGAAAUUUUAAUAAAUUUUGAAUAACACUUCUGAUGUCUCAAACCUGUGAAGGUAAUCAUUUUCCUUUUAAUACCAUUUUUUAAAAUGAUUCUGAUUGGUCUGAUGCACAUCUGUUCUCAUGUUGCAGAUCAGUAAUGAUCAAAAAUAGUUCCUUGUGUGGAUAUGUUUUUACCCUGUCAUGUCUGUAAAGCAGUAUCUGCAGAUGGUUUUGUGUCGAAUCAAAACAUUAUUUUGUAUUUGAGAAUAUAAUCUGAAGAACCAUUUUGUGGUGUUGAUUUUUUUAUUAUUAUUAUUAAAUGAAAGGUGCAGAAUCAAUUGCAAUUUCUAAUAUAAAGUCAGUUUCCCUGCUAAAAAAACACAUCAGUUUAAGGUGGUCAAGCUGGUUUUUAUAAACUGUUUUGGGUUACUGGUACAAAGUGGUCCAGCACUAUCGGGCUUCGAAUGCAAUGCACAAAACAACUUCUUUCUGCCCAGAGCUCUUUGUUUCAGCCAAUGAGGGAUUCAACACCCCAACAUGAUAAUUGAAUCUCAUGAUAUCAGAAAUAUAUCCAGAUUAUAACUAUUUCAUAUGUUAUAGCCUACUAUUACGAUGAUUAAUAAUCUUAAUCAUCAAAGCAAAUCUAAAUUGUUAAAUUAUUGCUGGUGAAUUUUCUUUGUAUUCAAUGAUCAUGUUUCCACUAAGAUUAGGUCAAAAUUGCAAAGAGUCUUGUGGCAGUUGCAAUAGCUGUUACAUGAUUUUUGCCUUCUAUUUAAAGGAUAAACGAUCAUAAACGUGUUGAUCCCUUCCUGAUGUCCCACUUUUGCUUAACCCAAUCUAUAUAUAAAGCAUUUAUAUUAUUAUUUACAAAUAAUAUGGUUUAUUUUAGAAUUGUAUCGCACUCUAAUAACCUCAUUAAAUGUCAUAACAGGGUGGACAUGCUUCAAUAUUCUUUACCCUUAACCAGUAUGACUUUCGAAAGGUUUAACAUGCCUUUUUUAUGAAACAAGUGUUAUCAGUAUAUGCUGGCAAACAUGUCCUUUGAUUUUUCAGUCAUAAAACAUUUUAAAUAGUCAAGACCCCAAUUAAAAUGGCACCAUUCUGUAGCCUAACCCUUUAUGAAUUAGUAUGAAAUGGGUUCACUUCAUAAUGAUUUUUAAAAAAAAAUUAUAAAAUAUAUUUGAAUUUGUUAAAUGCCUGAAGAAAAAAAAACUUCAGCUGGUACACCAAUUCUAUGACACUUAAUUAUUUAUCUGCUAAUUUUAUUUUGUCAUUUUGUUUUCUCAGAACAAGUACUGUUGCAAGGUUAACAAGUGUGCAAAAAAGAUUAACAAGAUAAAAUUUGUAAUAAAAAAAAAUGGUAGAAGAAGAUGCUCAAAUAUAUUCUAACAUGUUUUAUUUAAAUAUGUCCUUGGUGUCACAUUGUUUAAUGUUUAAGUGACAUU